AUGGCAGCGCCGGGGCGCCCGGAAGGGGCGGUGCGAGGGGGAGGCGGGCCGCGGAGGAGCGCGGCGGGACGGUGGGAAAGCGCCGCGCCGCCGUCCCCGCGGCGCACGCGCGGACUCCGGUCACAGCCCGGGCUCGGUCGGGAGCGGCCAUCCCGCCCCAUCCCGUCCUGUCCCCUGCGAGCGCGCCCCCGCCCCCGCCGCAGCGAUCGCUGCCGCCGGCCGCGGCGGGCGGGCGCCAUGGCGGCGCGCGGGGUGCCGUGCCUGGCCUGGUGCCUCCGCCGAGUUGGGGCCAGCGGCGACUGGCUCCUGCUGGAGGCCGGCACGCAGGUGACUAUUGGCCGAGGAUUAGAUAUCACGUACCAGCUGGUGUCAAAAACCUGUCCCUUGAUGAUCUCUCGUAAGCACUGUGUCUUCCAGCAGAAUGCAGAAGGGCAGUGGACUGUCCAGGAUAACAAGAGUCUAAAUGGAGUUUGGCUUAAUAAACAGCGCCUGGAUCCAUCAAAAGUCUAUCCUAUUGCUGAAGGAGACCGUAUCGAGUUGGGAGUGCCUUUGGAAAACAGAGAGACUGCCGAAUAUGAGUAUGAAGUAAUUAAAGAUGAAUGGGAGAAAAUUAAACCCUUUUUAGCUCGAAGAAGUGACAUGGGGACAGCCAAGAGUUCAAGACCUAAACGUAAAUUUAGUUUGGAGGAAUUGGAGACAUGUGAAUCAGAAGGCCCUUCAAACUCCAGAUGCAAAAGAGACAGAAUGUCCUGUGGCAAUGGACCUUUAGAUGAAUCAUGGGGACAGGCAGAAGAGGCCAAACGGCUGACAGAGAAGAUGGAUGUCAAGCUGCCUUCUCCUGGACCCAGUGAGGGGAAUAGUGGUCCAGUGCAUGGUAGCCCUGUUCACUCCACGAAAGCUGUGACUGUCCCCCAGAAGGACCAGAAAGGCUCCGGUCUUGUAGAGUCAUGGACUGGCUUGAAAAAGCUGAGGCAAUCUCUAGAAGAUACAAUGAAAUUAAAGGCCAAAGUGCAGGAGAAGCAGACUGCAGUUCUGAAUGUCAAGGAGAAGCGCAGGAAGUGUGAUCAGAAGGAGAUCCUAGUAAUGGAACAGGAGCUGCAGGACUUGCAGAACCAACUCUGCAUGGAACAAGAGCAUCAGCAGCAGCAGGUGGAAGAGCUGGAGAGGACAUUCUGUAAAGAGCAGCAGAAGCUAGAGGGAGAAAAGUGUCAGCAAGGGGAAGAGAAUCUGAAGGAGCAGCUGGCCCAAGUCCUGCAAGAGCAUCGUGCUUUGAUGGAAGAAUUGAAUCGAAAUAAAAAAGAUUUUGAGGAGAUAAUUCAAGCCAAGAAUAAAGAACUGGAAGAAACCAAGGAGGAGAAGGAAAAGGUGAGAGCCCAAAAAGAAGAGGUGUUGAAUCAGAUGAAUGAUGUGUUGGAGAAUGAGUUGCAGUGCACAAUCUGUUCUGAGCACUUCAUUGAGGCGGUCACUUUGAACUGUGCACACAGCUUCUGCUCCUACUGUAUCAAUGAGUGGACAAAACGUAAAGUGGAGUGCCCUAUCUGCAGGCAGGAGAUCAAAUCAAAGACACGCUCUCUGGUGCUGGACAACUGCAUUAACAGGAUGGUAGAAAAACUGGAUGUGGAAAUGAAAGAGCAUCGCCUAAGCCUUAUCAGAGAGCGGAAAGGUGAGAGAGAAACAGAAUGUGAUGGUGAAACCAGCCACAGACAAUGACAACGGUGUCCCUUCUACCACCUACUCCAUCUUGUCAAUGAGAAGUUGUGACAGUGAGAACUCUGAGGAUUCUUCCUAUAGUGAAACCUACUAUGUUAUCUGAACAUUGUUACUGCAGACUCAUUGCCCCUGUGCUGCCUAGAACCAACCUAAUGGUGAUUGGUUGACUGCUGCUGGAGGAGUGGACUGGGCACCUGGAAGGACCUGUGAAGAGGCUGGAGCUGUAAACUGGCAGCAUUUGGAAGAAGGAUCUUGUUUUCCAAAUGAAUGCACAGAAGCUUGAUCUCUAAAACAAAAUUGGGUUUGUGAGAGAACAGACUGCCAUUAUGCUGGCUAAUUGACUUACAAACCAUAAACUUCUUCGUUAGCUUGUGA